AUCAGCCCGCUUGGUGGCGAUCAUAGUUUUACACCAGUUGAUAGUCCGAAAGUAAUGGGCGACGAAGAAGUACAUUCGUCGAAAGAGAAAAAUGGCCGUUUUUUGUUUCCACUUAAACUAAAGAAAUAAAGCACGAUUUUGCCAGGGAAUGAGUGUUUUCCACCAGGAAGCAGUUCAACCACUGACCUGAUACCAUGGUCGAUAACCGCUACGCUACAGCCUUGGUCAUCGGCUCCGUGCUGAGCCUGCUGGCCGCCGUGUACCUCUCGGUGGCUGUGGGAACGCACCACUGGUACCAGUACAGCAGUGCGCCGGGCGCACACAACGGCAGCAACGCCUCGGCGCUGAGAGACGACGCUGUCGACAACGAUUUCGAUGAGAAGAUCUUCAGCGAGACCUUCUAUCACUUCAAUGGCACCAUGGGACUGUGGUGGUGGUGCAUCCUGGUGCCCAGCGAGUCCCACGGGUUCAAGGAAUCAGAGCCGAAGUUUAAGAGCCAGUGUAAGCACUUCACGCUUCCUCAGCAGUUCUUGCCAAAGUACAAACACCCUGGAAACCGCAGCAGUGACGAGGACCUCCUAAGAACAUACUUGUGGAGGUGCCAAUUUCUCCUGCCUUUGGUUUCUUUGGCCUUGGUGUUCCUCAGCGGCCUCAUCGGCGUUUGCGCUUGCCUGUGCCGCAGCUUCAAGCCGACCCUUGCCGUGGGUGUGAUACAUCUCCUCGCAGCUCUGUGCUCUCUGGGCAGCGUGUGCUGCUUCCUGGCCGGCGUGGAUCUCCUCGAAAAGCACGCCGGGCCGCAAAGGCGGGUGGAUUCGUCGCUGGGCUGGUCCCUCUACCUCGCCCUCAUCUCCUUCCCGCUGCAGAUGAUGGCGGCCGCCUUGUUCCUCUGGGCGGCCCGCAGCCACCGCAAGAACUACACGCGCAUGAUCGCCUACAGGGUGGCUUAAAAGGCUGCCUGAUAAGAAUCCAAAUCUAAAAGCAGAGUGAGCAGACAAAGUAGCGGUCGCCUGACAUCCAUUUGUGGUAUCGCAUCUUUACUUUAUUAGCCCUUCCGGCAAGAGUUCGUGCUGUAUUAUUUAUUAUUUGUGCUGUUGCUUUGGAUAUUGCCUUUUAGUUGCCAUCAUUUUCAUUGCUGCUCUUCACUUUGCCAUUAACCUUUAAAAAAAAAAAAAGCAGCAGCACAAUGCUAAGACUGCAGCAUUUUUAUAAUUUUCUUUGUUUAGAACAUCGUCACUCACUCAAAUUGUAACCACUUUAAUCGCGCUCUAUCCCCAAAUGUUUAUUAAUACAGUUAAUCUCAACAUUCGAAACCUGAUCUUGGUAUGCGCCUGCUCACUCUGUUUUCAUUACUUUUCAUUUUUGAUAAAACCACUUAAACUGGCGAGCGUUCCCACGUCUCGUCAAUUCCGUCAUUCUUUGAAAAGAGGUUUAAAUUUUGUAUAUGGAAAAAAAUAAACCAAGAGAGACUG